ACAGGCGGGCUGUCUUCUUGUCUCUUGUGGGGAUUUUCGCAAGACCAAAAGACGUACCACCGCCUAAGCUUGCUUGCUUUCUCUCAGAUGUAAUAAGCAGCACCUGCUCCGAGCGAAAAAAUGGGAGGAUGUUACGGAUAUCUCACCUGACGUCGAUUCUCUGCAACAUUUUUCUCUGACCGUUAAACGCGACGCGGCAUUCUGAACGAAAACUUUUUUUUGCCGCCUUAAAUUUUUUUAAAAUAAAAUCCGUUAAAACUCAGUCGCGAUGGUUUUACAGUGGUGUUAUGCCAUCAGCGUGGAUCGGACGCGUUUUAGUCGAAUAUCGUUGCACUUUAAUGCGGUUUGCGUGUGUUUGAUUUAAGGACAAAUCAUAGAAAGGUACUGUACGUAUUUUAAUUUGUUUUUCUGUCUUUUUUUCUUUAUUAAAAGAAAUAAUGCAGAAUAUCUAAGCAACAAGCGUCGCCAUACGAUGCGCACUUUCCCAAGAAAUAACGCAUCCUUCUGUUCUCGGAGAAAACCCCAACGUAUUUCCACAUCAACCUUACUUUGAAAGGCUCUAUGGCCGUUAUUGAUAUCGAUUCUGUUUUUGUUUACCAAUAAAUACUGUGAAAAGUGCCUUUUUUCUGUUUCCCAACGACAAGGAGACAUGGCUUGCUUUCCAUGGCGGGUAUUUUGGAUAAUUCAAGCGCUUGUGGAUGUGACACUUUCGCAGGAAAUCUACGCUCCUCAUUCCAUCAGAAUUGAGGGGGAUUUGACUCUGGGUGGCCUUUUCCCGGUCCAUGCCCGCGGGGUCUCCGGGGAACCGUGUGGAGAUAUCAAGAAGGAGAACGGGAUACACAGGUUGGAGGCGAUGCUUUAUGCAUUGGACCAAAUCAACAGUGACGACGAGCUUUUGCCCAACAUCACUUUAGGCGCUCGGGUUUUAGACACAUGUUCGCGAGACACGUACGCGUUGGAGCAGUCGCUUACUUUCGUGCAGGCUCUCAUACAGAAAGACACGUCGGAUGUGAGGUGUACGAACGGAGAGCCCCCGGUGUUCGUCAAACCCGAAAAGGUGGUCGGAGUCAUAGGGGCUUCGGCGAGUUCAGUGUCCAUCAUGGUCGCAAAUAUACUGCGACUGUUCCAGAUUCCGCAGAUCAGCUACGCCUCCACCGCUCCAGAGCUGAGCGAUGACCGCCGGUACGAUUUCUUCUCUCGCGUCGUACCUCCCGACUCCUUCCAGGCGCAGGCCAUGGUGGACAUAGUGAAAUCGAUGGGUUGGAACUACGUGUCUACGGUGGCCUCGGAGGGAAGCUACGGCGAGAAAGGAGUAGAGGCCUUCAUGCAGAUUUCCAGAGAAGCAGGUGGAAUCUGCAUAGCUCAGUCCCUGAAGAUCCCUCACGACCACAAGCAGGCUGAUUUUGACAAGAUUAUCCGACAGCUGCUGGAGACCCGUCAUGCCCGGGCGGUCAUUAUUUUCGCUUACGACGAAGACAUUCGGGGGAUCCUUAACGCCAGCAAAAGAGCCGAUCAAGUGGGCCAUUUCCUAUGGAUCGGGUCAGAUAGCUGGGGAGCCAAGAACAGCCCUAUUCAAGGCCUCGAGGACGCCGCUGUUGGUGCCGUCACCAUCCUGCCAAAAAGAGCCACUAUUACAGGUUUCGACACCUACUUUACAUCACGCACACUGGAGAACAACAGAAGGAACGUCUGGUUUGCUGAGUUCUGGGAGGAGAACUUCAACUGCAAGCUCAUGAGUUCCUCCAAGAAAGAAGACACUAGCAGAAAGUGCACAGGGCAAGAGCGAAUAGGAACAGACUCCAAAUAUGAGCAGGAAGGGAAGGUGCAGUUUGUGAUAGACGCGGUGUACGCUAUGGCUCAUGCCCUGCACAACAUGCAGAAGGACCUUUGUCCUGACCAGUCGGGCGUUUGUGGAGAGAUGGAGCACGCUGGUGGCAAGAAGCUCCUCAAGUACAUCCGAUCGGUCAGCUUCAACGGGAGCGCGGGGACGUCCGUCACGUUCAAUCGGAAUGGCGACGCACCCGGACGGUACGAUCUUUUCCAGUACCAGAUGAAUAUCAACAACACUCCCGGAUAUAAAGUUAUAGGACAGUGGACAGAAACUCUCCAACUUCACAUCCAUGAGAUGCAGUGGCCCAAUGGUGAGAUGGAAAUACCCAGCUCGGUCUGCAGUCUGCCCUGUAAGACGGGUCAACGCAAGAAGAUGGUGAAAGGCAUGCCGUGCUGCUGGCACUGCGAGCCCUGCGACGGCUACCAGUACCAGUUUGACGAGACGUCCUGCAAGCUCUGCGCUUACAACAUGCAUCCGAACGCCAAUCGCACUGGCUGCCAGCCCAUCCCGAUCGUCAAGCUGGAGUGGCAUUCACCCUGGGCCGUCAUUCCCGUCUUCCUGGCUAUGCUCGGCAUCAUCGCCACCACCUUUGUUAUGGCAACGUUCAUCCGCUACAACGACACCCCGAUCGUACGAGCGUCUGGGAGGGAGCUCAGCUACUUUCUGCUGACCGGGAUAUUCCUGUGUUACAUCAUCACGUUUGUAAUGAUCGCCACUCCGGACAUUGCCGUUUGCUCCUUCAGACGAAUCUUCCUUGGGCUGGGAAUGUGUAUUAGCUACGCGGCGCUCCUCACUAAGACCAAUCGAAUUUACCGCAUCUUUGAGGAAGGGAAGACGUCGGUUACUCCACCUAAACUGAUCAGCCCGACGUCUCAGUUAGCCAUCACGUCCAGCCUCAUCUCCGUCCAGCUCUUAGGGGUCCUCAUAUGGUUCGGAGUGGAUCCUCCAAACACCAUAAUCGAUUACGAAGAACAGAAGACCAUAAACCCUGAUAAGGCCCGAGGGGUUCUCAAAUGUGACAUUACGGACCUACAAAUCAUUUGCUCUCUAGGAUACAGCAUCUUGCUGAUGGUAACAUGUACGGUUUACGCCAUCAAGACGCGAGGCGUUCCGGAGAACUUCAACGAAGCCAAACCCAUCGGCUUCACCAUGUACACCACAUGCAUUGUGUGGCUCGCCUUCAUUCCUAUUUUCUUUGGGACGGCACAAUCUGCAGAAAAGCUCUACAUCCAGACCACCACGCUGACCAUCUCCAUGAAUCUGAGCGCGUCCGUGGCUCUGGGAAUGCUCUACAUGCCCAAGGUCUAUGUCAUCAUCUUCCACCCAGAGCUCAACGUGCAGAAACGCAAGCGCAGCUUCAAGGCCGUGGUGACGGCGGCCACCAUGUCCUCACGUUUGUCACACAAACCCAGCGACCGGCCGAACGGCGAGGCCAAAACCGAACUGUGCGAAAAUGUGGAUCCCAAUAGUCCGGCUGCUAAGAAGAAAUACGUAAGCUACAAUGACCUUGUGAUCUGAGGGCCUCCAUCACAGGAGAAAGGGAACUGAUGGAGUGUAACAGUGGCACAACACGACUGAUCGCCAGUCAAACGAUUGAGGUUGCACUUGGCGUGAUGGACUUUCGACAAGGCAUUUCUUCUGAUUCUCCAUCGCAGACUUUCUUCAGGGCGCUGAUGAAUCAACAUGGCUUUGGAAUGCUGGACCUCAAGCUCCUCCUCAUCUUUACAUGUACUUCCAAAAGUUUUUGGGAUUAUCUGUGCAAAUUUGUGUGGUUCUUUCAGCAUUUCGGUUUCCUUCUGCUGUUUUUACGUUUCAGUUGAGCGUUUCUUCUUUGGUUUUCCUUGCCUUUUCUAGAUGCACAUUGUAUUAAAGCCAUAUUCUUCUCUUUGAGAUCUCAUUCCUGGAAUAUUGUUUCUUUAUUUUGAGGAUUUCCGUUGGUUUUUGCCCUUUAACAUGAUAAAUGUGUCACAUUUUUCGACAUUCCCACCAUGUUUGUAAGGGUUUGUAGACCAUCGACUGUGUUAUUAGUGACUUUGAGAGAUGUUGCAUUGGUUUUACAGUGACUAAACCCGGUGACAAUGGUGUUUCAGAGUUAUUUUUUAAAGAAAGUGUUCGCGUAGCAGUUGUCAAUGCAUGCUUGAUAUGUUUGAUGUUGAAGUAAAUGAAACUUUCACCACAGUUCCCUCACAAUGGCCUGUUUACAGAUGAUUUUACAAGCCUUUAUUGAUUUCUCUCUUUUUUCCUUCAUGAAUUUCUUAGACAUUCACUCACUCAAGGCAGAAUAUGGCUUUAAUUUGUCUUGGAACUUUUUAUCUGCCCUGGAACUUAUGGAGAAUUGUGCAAAAGAUAUGAAUAUAUAUAUUUAAAAAAAUCUAUGAAAAAAAAAAUAAAAAGCAUGUAUGUUUUAUACUGUUUGUACUAAGUAUAUUCAUGUUGCCCUUGCUGCUUAUGUGCUGAUAUUGUGGAAGACUUUUAUGUUUGGCCACUCAUGCAAUUAUAAUGUG